AUGUACUACUACCAACAACAACAACAACAACAACAACAACAGGUUGCAGAUAUCAAGAGAGUGAACAAGAUAUGGACACAAGACUCUUCAUCGCUGCUUCUAAAGAAGACAUUGCAGAUCCCUAUUGUGGGCGAGUAUAAUGAUGAGGCAUCAAGCAGCAGCAGCAGCAACAGUAGUAGCAACAGUAGUAGCAACAAUAGUACAAAUAGCGACUCCAAAGAGAGAGGCAGCACCGAUUUCUUUGUCGAGUUCAACAAGAAGGCGAACCACAAUCUUAAUAAUGUCCUCCCAGCAGUAACCAACAACAUUGACACAUAUGCUUACAAAUCAGCAUCCACUCUCAGCUUUUCACCAUUGGUCAACAGUGUUGACACCAAGACUCAGUUGCAGUUUGAUCUCAUCGAUGAUGAGCUCAACCCACUGUAG